CGUGCAAGCAGUCAGUUGUUAACGGUAAAAAUAAACAACAGUUUCAAUACAACAAUAACUGUAAUAACUAAAAACCAACUGUGCUCACUGCUCAGUGUGUUGUGCCUGUGUUUGUGUUUGUGUUAAAGGCUUUGACAAUAUGCAAUUGUCCUGUCGCUAAACAAAAAUAAAAAAUAAAAAAACAUUUAAAAUAUUAACUGUCUAAUAGUUUGCUCUACUUUGUUUAGUGUUUUGUGUGUUUGGUUUUUGUGGCUUUUGCGGUCUGAGGGGUUGGUUAAAUAUCUAUUUGAAGUUCGGUUGGCCGCACUGUCGUUCGUUUACUACUGUGUGCCGCCUUUUGUUGCAUGGCAACAACACUUGGCUAAUCGAUGAGAGCUGCCGAAAAAUAUAAACAAACACAACAGCAGCGCAUAUAAUGCAAGGAUAAUGACCCAAACCCCUAAACGCUGGCAAAUUGAAAACAUGCUAAACGAAAUUGCAGCGGCAAAAUAAUAAAAAAAGAGAAAGAGAAAAAAAUUGAAAUGUGAGCAGCGACAAGCGACAAAAGGAAACGCCGAGCGAAAAAACGAGAUUCCAAUAAUAAUAAGUAAUAAUAGUAAUAAUAAUAGCGAACGGAAAGCAGUUGAGUAGAAAAAAAAAAGCUUACAAGUUGGCCAGUGGCCAGUGGAAAUGCAAAAGGAUGCGAGACGCUGGCAAGGAUACGAUGCUGGGCAAUAAAUAGAAGCACUCAAGUGUGUGUGUGUGUAAACAAUUGUGCGAGGCAAAACGACAAUGCAAACUAAUAAAGCACUUGAGCGUGGCUUCUUUCUUUUUAAUGCAACAACAACAACAACAAAACGCAGACGAAGCAGCAUCAAUCAAAAGUGUACGGCGCGCAACGGGGCGUAUGAAUAACGCAGCAUAAAAAUAAACAACAAACAAGCGAGUGAGAGAGAGCGACUAAGAGAGAGAGCGAGCUGCUGUUUUUUUUUUUUGUUUUUUUGUAAGCCAUGGAGCGUGAGAAAUUAAAAGCGGAAACGUGCCGUCGACGCGAUUUAAUUAAUGAAUGCAUUAAAUAUGCUAAAGCAACUGAAAUAAUUGCAGCAACAACAGCAACAAUAGCAACAACAACAACAACAACACCGCUGACAGCAAAUGGAACUACAACCACGGGACUGAGUGUCACAGCCACGAAACCAUUAACGGAUAUGCAACGAAACCACCUGCAAAAGAUGCCAACAACAAAAGCAACAACAACAACAACAGCCACAAAUGCAACAGCAACAGCAACAACAACUAGCAGCACAUUAGCACGACUCUGGCAACAACAACAAAAGCUACAACAACAACAUGGACUGCUAUUGACGCUACUCAGUCUCAGUUUACUUGUGGGCAGCAGCCAGGCAGGAUUCGCCUGCCUCAGCAAUCCCUGCGUCUUUGGCGUCUGCAUUGACGGCCUGAACAGCUCGUAUUCGUGUUACUGCAUUGACGGCUACACAGGGAUCCAGUGCCAAACGAAUUGGGAUGAAUGCUGGUCGGGACCGUGUCAAAACGGCGGCACAUGUGUGGAUGGCGUUGCCUACUACAAUUGUACGUGUCCGGAAGGAUUUUCUGGCACCAGCUGUGAGCAAAAUGUGGACGAGUGCAUGUCAAAUCCAUGUCAAAAUGGCGGACUUUGCCGUGACCGUAACAAUGGCUACACCUGCACCUGCCAGCCGGGCUAUCUAGGCGUCCAUUGCGAGCUGGACGUGGCCGUCUGUGACACGGGCACUGGAGCGCGCUGUCAACAUGGCGGCGAAUGCAUUGAGGGUCGUGGUCUGGAAUUCACCUGCGAGUGUCCGGCGGGCUGGCAUGGACGCAUUUGCCAGCAGGAGAUUAACGAAUGCGACUCGUCGCCUUGUCAAAACGGCGGCGUUUGUGUGGACAAACUGGCGGCUUAUGCUUGCGCCUGUCCCAUGGGCUAUACGGGCGUCAAUUGCGAGGAGGAGAUACUCAUCUGUGCGGACAAUCCGUGCCAGAACAAUGCGCUCUGUCUGAUGGAGGAGGACAUACCCACGUGCUAUUGUGUGCCCGACUAUCAUGGCGAGAAGUGUGAAUUCCAAUACGAUGAAUGUCAGCUGGGACCGCGUUGCAUGAACGGUGGCGUUUGCAUUGAUGGCGUUGAUACCUUUAGCUGCUCCUGUCCGCCAUUGUUAACGGGCAUGCUAUGCGAAUGCUUAAUGCUCAACGAGGAGUCCUUGGAUUGCAAUUAUACAGCGCCAGCUACAGUUGCGCCGCCUCCAGUUACACGUGCGCCUGCAGUAACAACAACACUGGCGCCACCUACAGUGCGUCCAGUAACACCACCCGAGACUACAAUAGCACCAGCUGCUCCACUCUUAACCACUACCGUUGCUGCUGAUAGCUCUGCUUCAUCCGAGGAGGUUUCAGUGGAGCUCAAGCCCACGGCGGCACCACCCGAAAGCGAUAGCCACAGCGUCCAAGCCACAACUGCAGCACCCAGCUUGCCACUCACCACAGCAGCACCCGCCAGCGUCGCCAGUUCCAGCUCCUCCGAUGAAAGCCAUCAGAUUUACACCACUUUGCCACCGCUGCCUACAGUUAGCGCUGCCGCUGGCGCUGUCUCCAGCUCUGGCGAGGAGGUUACCUCAGCGGAAUACACCACAGUGCGGCGUUUUGAUGUUAGCGCCAGCAGCAGCUCCAGCGAAGAGACUGCUACAACGCCAAGACCCACUGCACCCCCAGCAGUUGUGUCACCCGGCAUUACCAUAGCUGUGGAUUAUGCCAGCUCCUCAAGCAGCUCCGAGUCGGUGGAGCAGCCAGCGCUGUCCAUUACCACACCCAGCAGCAUACACGUGCAUCAGGUCACCACCAUUGAGACAAGCAUUUCGGUGGAGUACAGUCAACCCACACCUACACCCUUUAUACCAGCUGCAACCACCGUCACACCACCAGCACCAGCUGUAGAUGAAACAACACAGCAGCCCUGGUAUGAAGUGCCCACCACCGCGGCACCAUUCUUUACUGAAUUCCCAGCUGAGGUGCUCAUCACUACACAUCGCACCAGCGCUGGCAGAUACACCACCAAUGCGCCACCACUGGCAGUAACCACUACUAGUGCCUCAUCGGAGGAGUAUGCACCACCUGUAACCACAGCACAAACGCCGCACAUUGUGGUUACCAUACUGGAGCCAGUUGCUACGCCCGCAACUACAACGCAACUGCCACUGCCGCUGCUGACCACCGUAGCACCACCCACCACAGUGGAACGUGAACCCAGCACCACUUUUAUGCCGCCAGCUAUUACCAUGCCACAGCCUGUGGAGCUAACAACGCCGCCUGCAAUGAUAACCGAAGAUCUCUAUGUUGCACCACUCACUACGCUGGCACCCACAAUGGUACCCACCUUGCCACCACGGCCUGUGGUUACCCUGCCGCCCGCUACUGAGCCACCCACCACUAUGCCAGCUACGCCAGCCGCUACACCACCCUCCACACAAUCCGCGCAGACUAUGCCACCACCCACUACACCACUCCAUAUCUACAGCACCGCUGCCAUACCCGAAACCAAAGCACCCGUCACCGAAAGCAGCGAGGAAACCGAAGGCUCCAAUACUGUAGCCACCGGUGUUGCUGGUGCGGAUGAAAAGUCUGGCGAUGUGGAUUGCAUUAAGCUUGGCUGCUAUAAUGGCGGCACCUGUGUUACCACCUCGGAGGGCUCCAGGUGUGUCUGCCGCUUUGAUCGCCAAGGUCCACUCUGCGAACUGCCCAUUAUUAUACGAAAUGCCGCAUUCUCUGGCGACUCGUAUGUAUCGCAUCGCAUCUACAAGGACAUACCACAGCAGGAUGCACUCGAUGCCGUGCUGCCCAUGCAUAUACAACUGAAAGUGCGCACUCGUGCCACCAAUGGACUGAUCAUGCUGGCCGCCGCCCAGGGCACCAAGGGCGGCCAUUAUAUGGCGCUGUUCCUGCAAAAGGGUCUGAUGCAAUUCCAGUUCUCAUGCGGACUGCAAACGAUGCUGCUGAGCGAACUGGAAACGCCCGUAAAUACAGGCCACGAAAUUACCAUACGAGCUGA